UCCCACGGUCCCACGGUCCCACGGUCCCACGAUCCCACGAUCCCACGAUCCCACGGUCCCACGGUCCCACGGUUCCACGGUCCCACGAUCCCACGAUCCCACGAUCCCACGGUCCCACGGUCCCACGGUCGAUUGGUCCCAGGCCUCCUACCACCAUCAUCGAAAUGCGAAAAACGCAAAGGCGUCGUUCGAGCACCGGCGCGAGCACUCAGAGGCGCUAGUACAAGCAGCCUGGUGCUCGCCCAGCCACAGGCAUGGCUCAGCAGCGUCGCAAAUGCGCGAUCGAGCGUCGAGGGCAGAGACAACACUCAGAGAGUGCGCCGGCCCCACGCAGCGGGUACCUGUGACUGCCCUGCCCUCGGCGGCUCGCUGCGACACGAACGCUCGUAA